GUACUACUUCCAGCUUGUAGCCACAAAUCUGCUUGGUGCGCAUGGAUUUUUUGGAAUAAUUCAACAUUUUGGUUGGAGGAAAGUCCGACUUGUUGCUCAGGAUGAAAAUGUCUUCACUGCAACUAUGGAUGUUUUGAAGGAUAUGUUGGAUAAGAAUGCAGUGGAGUACACAGAAAUACGGUUUAGAAAUCUAUUCUUUCCAGUAGCUUUAUAGUGUUAAAAAACAUUCAUGCGAGACAUUAGUUUUGAAAUUUGAAACAAUUAUGAGAUGGUAGCUAGCUACUUUAUGUGCAUUUGAUAUUGAUCACCAGCAUUGUGCAUGUGUAUUAUAAGUUAACAAAACCAUCAUACUUUCUUAAGAACUCAGAAACCAGAAUAUAUGUGUUGGCAAUGUACAGUCCUCAUGCAAGGGAUGCACUUUGUGAGGCAUACAGACGUGGAUUUCAUUAUCCCAAGUAUGUCAUCAUAACUUUUGGCUGGUAUGUGAGACAGUGGUGGGAGAUGGAUGCACCAUCCACCAACUGCACUGCUGAGGAGAGAGCCCAUGUCCUCCUCUAUAGCAUGGCUGCUGUUUCGUCUCAGUUCCCUAGAGAGCAAGAUGAGUACACAGCUGAACCAAACAUAACCCUUUCAGAAUUCAACUCACUUUACCACGAAGUUGUGAGGAGGGACAUCAAUAGCCAGAACAAUUUGGAAGAGUUUGCUGACUACAUUUUUCCUUAUGCCUACCAGUGCAAUGAAGCCACUCUUGCUUAUGCUUAUGCCUUAAGCAAAACAAUAGCCGACCUUGCUGGAGAGUGAGACACUAAACAGAGAAGCUGCGGAUGAAAGUGGUCUUCCUGAAGGAGAAACCUUCACAAUUGCCAACUUCACCUAUGCCAACUCAGCAGUUGUGUCUCGGAUGUUUGAACACCUCCAGAACACCAUGUUCCCUGGAAUAAGUGUCUCCAAUUUCGCCGGAGGUGUGCACGGACAUCAAGCGAUCGUUUCUUCUUGCCCGCUAGUCACUACGGUAGAUCAUGGAGCUCUUCCAUGGUCGACACUGAACAACACCAUUUGCUGCUAACUCAGCAUCAGUGAGCCCCACGCAUGCGCCAGGCAGGGACCGUUGUCCAAUGCGCUUGCGAGCGUAUUACCGGGCGAGUUGGCAGACCUGCAGAGGAACUCUCAGCCUCCAGUACCUUCUGUGAGUUGUAGCCUGAUUACCAAAGCCUGCUCAUGAAACCACAACCAUGUGCUUACAUCCUUGUUGAAGACAAUACAUGAGG